AGCAAAGGAAAAAUGUACUUCAUCUGCUGGUCACUGAUGGCGCCUAGAAACCAGUUUUUCCAACUCGGUGCACUGACCCACUGGAGACGAUGUGUCAGACGCCCAGCCACAUUUCCUGCUGUCACUUCCUCUGCCUGCUACCAAGGACAGAUGGGUCCUGUGAUGACACAGCAGUGUCUGGGCCACGGCUGGACUUGGAGGCAGAGGUGGCUCUUCCUUCCCAGAACUGCUCACAGCUAUUGGACUUUGAGUAACCAAACAACAAGCUGCUACUCUAGAACCCAAAGAAAGAGAAUUGGCCCCAGGAAAAGUGCCAUGUGGCACCCCUCUUUGUCAACACAGCACUGGCACCUGGAAGAUGCGGGCUGCCCUGCUCCUCUGUCUACCUCGUCCUUUAGCCACAUCAGGGGUUUCCAUGCCUCACCACAUCGCCAGGCUGGCCCAGUACCCCUUCUGUUGAUCAUCCUCAAACCCGUGCAGAAACUACUCGCAAUCAUUGUAGGCAGGGGCAUAAGGAAUUGGUGGAAGGCACUUCCUCCUAACAAGAAGGAACUGUUUAAAGAAAGUGUGAGGAAGAAUAAGUGGAAGGUGUUCUUUGGCUUAAGUAGUUUCGGAUUGCUCUUCAUAGUGUUUUAUUUUACUCAUCUGGAAGUGAGUCCAAUCACUGGAAGGAGCAAGCUGCUAGUAUUGGGGAAAGAACAUUUCAGACUUUUAUCCGAGCUGGAGUAUGAAGCAUUGAUGGAGGAAUUUAAAGAUAAUAUGCUGCCCGAAACAGAUGUCAGAUACCGGAGUGUUGCAGAAGUGGUCUACCAUUUGAUUGAAAGCAAUAAGGAUGUCCCUGGGGUCUCUGACAUCAGUUGGGUCAUUCAUGUGGUUGAGUCCCCAGUUAUUAAUGCCUUUGUGUUGCCAAAUGGACAAAUGUUCAUCUUCACUGGACUUCUAAAUAGUGUGGCCGAUGUACAUCAACUUUGCUUUCUCCUGGGCCAUGAAAUAGCACACGCGGUACUGGGGCAUGCAGCAGAAAAGGCUAGCUUGGUGCAUUUGUUGGAUUUCCUAGGUCUGAUUUUUCUGACAAUGACUUGGGCCAUUUGCCCGCGAGACAGUUUGGCACUUUUGGGCCAGUGGAUACAAUCUAAAUUAAAGGAGUAUAUGUUUGAUAGACCCUACAGCAGAACAUUGGAGGCUGAAGCAGACAGAAUUGGACUCCUGCUUGCUGCAAAAGCUUGUGUGGAUGUGAGGGCCAGUUCGGUUUUCUGGCAGCAAAUGGAAUUUGCAGACAGCCUCCAAGGCCAUCCCAAGAUGCCAGAGUGGUUAUCCACACACCCUUCUCAUGGGAACCGAGCAGAGCACCUGGACAGACUCAUACCUCAGGCUCUCGAAAUGAGAGAGACUUGUAACUGCCCACCACUCUCUGGACCAGACCCUCGAUUACUGUUCCAACUCAGCAUGAAGCAUUUUCUUGAAGAAUCCGAGAAAGGAGGCCUAAGUGUUACCGUUAAGAAACCGAAAAUGGAUUCUCUCCUCAAGCAAACCCAGAAGCAAAUACCAUUAACAAGUAUAGUUGACAAAAAAACCUGACAGUUGAGGGAAAAUUUGUGAGAUACGGGAUGUAUGAAGAAGUGAAGCUUUCUUUCUAAUUUUGUGUGGUUUAUUUUUAAAAUGAUGUUUGAGAUGGGGAAAAAAAAUGGAGAUUCAAGGUCAAAUCAUGUAUAUUAUGGUUUUUAUCUAAAUUCUAUCAAGUCUUUUCCAUGAAAUAUCUAUGUAUUUUAAGAUAUUUUACAAUAAGGAAAUGUCACAGAAUAAAUUUUUAUUAUGUAUUUUA